AGAAAUGACGUACAGAGACAAGGCUGACUCUGUGCGAUUCCCGGGCGCCUGCGAGCUGCAGACAGCGGGGCCAGUCAUUCGUUCGGCUGGCGGUGGGAAGGAGAAAGCGCCGGAGAAAGUUUGGCGCAGGGAGCGGAGACCUUCCUCCUAAACUUGGAGGAGCGGGAAAAGCAGAAAGAGAACUCCUGGCGCGAAACAAACUUUUCUAGAGGGAGGGUUUCCGAGCCGGGAGGGGUCACACCUCCCUCGUUCCCUCACUCAGGGGGAAACGAAAGAAAACGCCAGGGUGUGACUGAUACUCAAAGGAUGAUCACAUAGUGCCAAGCGAAGAGGGAGGGAGCGAGAAGUGCUUGGGAGUGCGCGAGAAGACCUGCUAACCUUGGUUUCCUGUCUCCUGUGUGCAUUUGGGGGCAGAAGGCAAUGAGCGGCGGUGGAGAUGGAGGGGGGUUUCCUCAGGAGCAGAAGGAAGAAAAAGAGAGGAGGAGGAGGAGGAGGAGGAGGAGGAGGAAGAAAGAGGCAGGCAAGGCUCGGACUGUGUGCUCCAACCUGCUGCUACCCAGGCCCGACACGCAGAACGUCCCUCCUCCCGCGGACAAUAGGCUGAAAACCACCAAAUACACCGCCGUGUCUUUCCUGCCCAAGAACCUCUUUGAGCAGUUCCAUCGCCUCGCCAAUGUUUACUUCGUCUUCAUCGCCCUGCUCAACUUCGUGCCCGCCGUCAAUGCCUUCCAGCCCGAGCUGGCACUGGCGCCCGUGCUUUUCAUCCUGGCAGUCACCGCUGUCAAGGACUUGUGGGAAGACUACAGCAGGUACCGUUCGGACCAGGAGAUCAACCACAUGGAGUGCUUGGUCUACUGCAGGAUUGAGGGGAAAUACAUCACCAGAUACUGGAAAGAAGUCAAGGUUGGAGACUUCAUUCAGCUCCGCUGUAAUGAAAUCAUACCUGCGGAUAUACUGCUGCUUUCCUCGAGUGACCCUGACGGCCUGUGCCACAUCGAAACUGCUAAUCUGGAUGGAGAGACCAACUUGAAACAGAGACAAGUGGUGAGAGGAUUUUUAGAGCUGGAUUCUGAAUUUGAUCCAUUGAAGUUUACUAGCAUCAUUGAAUGUGAAGAACCAAAUAAUGACCUAAGUAGGUUUCGAGGCUUCAUCAUGCAUAAAAAUGGGAAAAAGGUUGCACUGUAUAAAGAAAAUCUUCUGUUAAGGGGAUGUACUGUUAGGAACACAGAAGAAGUCUCAGGAAUAGUAAUCUAUGCAGGACAUGAGACCAAAGCCUUGCUAAAUAACAGUGGACCGCGUUACAAGCGUAGUAAGCUUGAAAGGCAAAUGAAUGUCAGUGUGCUCUGGUGUGUCCUCAUACUUAUCACGAUGUGUUUGCUUUCAGCUAUUUGUCAUGGAAUCUGGGUCUGGCAAUACGACGACAAAAAGAAGGCUGUCUUUGAUGUCCCAGGUCCCAGUGGAAAAUACUGGUCUCCAUUUCAAGCUGCAUUUUAUUUAUUUUUGACAAUGAUAAUAGUUUUCCAGGUCCUCAUUCCAAUUUCUUUGUAUGUCUCCAUUGAAGUCGUUAAAGUGUGCCAAGUGUUUUUUAUUCAUCAAGAUAAGGAUUUAUUUGAUGAAGAGACAGACCUCCAGCUCCAGUGUCGAGCUUUGAACAUCACAGAAGAUUUAGGGCAGAUUCAGUAUAUAUUUUCAGACAAGACUGGGACUCUUACUGAGAAUAAAAUGGUUUUCCGCAGAUGCACUGUUUCUGGCAUAGAAUAUUCCCAUGAUGCUAAUGCAAAACGUAUAGCUAUGUACCAGGAAGCUGAUUCUGAAGAUGAGGAGGUUUCCCCUAAAGCAGGGACAUUGUCUCAAAGGGACAGUAUUUGCAGUCAUCAGAGUGUUAAAGUCAUCCACAGGAACCAGAGCACCAAAUCUCAUAGGCGUACUGGGAGCAGAGUGGAGGCCAAAAGGGCAAGCAUCCUUUCAAAACACACGGCUUUCAGUAGCCCAAUGGAAAAAGAUAUCACGCCUGAUCCUAAUUUGCUGCAGAAAGUAAAUGAAUGUGCAAACUACCUGGAGAUCAUGAGGAGCCACGACCAACCCUUAUCCCAGCUCUCUCCUGAACUUUCAGACAUCUUCGACUUUUUCAUUGCCUUGACAGUUUGCAACACAGUGGUAGUUACAUCUCCCAAUCAGCCACGGCAGAAGGUCAGAAUCAGAUUUGAACUGAAGUCUCCAGUAAAGACCAUCGAGGACUUCAUUCGGAGAUUUACCCCAAGCCGCCUGACCUCUGGGUCUAACAACAGCAGCUCAUCAAGCCUGGCCACCAGCAAGUCAAUGCACCGAGUUGGUUCUAGCAUCAUUUCAUCAGUGUCAACAGAGAGCACUUUACUGAAACUAGAAGAAAAGCUGGCUAAUUCUUCCCAGAUGAAUAACAAUGGCUAUGCUUCCCAGCAGUCCAAAUGGACAUCAGGGAAUGGGCCAGGCGAGGGUGAGCUACGUUAUGAGGCUGAGAGCCCGGAUGAGGCUGCCCUUGUCUAUGCAGCAAGAGCCUAUGGCUGUGCUUUGGUUGGUAGGUUGCCUGACCAAGUGUCAGUAGAGCUGCCUCAUCUGGGGAGACUAACUUUUGAACUCUUGCACAUUCUGGGCUUUGACUCCAUCCGAAAGAGAAUGUCAGUGGUAGUGAGGCAUCCUCUCACAGAUGAAAUUAACGUUUACACUAAAGGAGCGGAUUCAGUUAUCAUGGAUCUUCUUCUGCCCUGUUCUUCAGAUGACCCAAGAAACAAGCAUCAAAAGAAAAUCCGAAGCAAAACUCAGAAUUUUCUUAAUCUUUAUGCUGCUGAUGGAUUGAGGACUUUGUGCAUCGCGAAGAAAGUGCUGAGCAAGGAGGAGUAUUCUUGCUGGUUAAAAAGCCACAUUGAAGCAGAGUCUUCUAUUGAGAACCGGGAAGAGCUGCUGUUCCAGUCGGCAACUCGUUUAGAGACUGAUCUGCAUCUGCUAGGUGCAACUGGCAUUGAGGAUCGUUUGCAGGAUGGUGUCCCAGAAACCAUUGCCAACUUGCGUAAGGCUGGGCUCCAGAUAUGGGUUCUGACUGGAGAUAAACAAGAGACGGCCAUAAAUAUUGCUUAUGCUUGCAAGCUGUUGGAUCAUGAUGAGGAAAUCAUCACCUUAAAUGCUGAUUCACCGGAAAUGUGUGCCACAUUGCUGGACCAACACCUGCACUGUGUCAAGUCUAAAUUUUCAAAUAACAUGGUGAAAAAAUCUACUCCGAGAGCAAAGUUUACUCCACUCUAUGUGCCAUCAUCUUCAGUACAUCCCACCUUGGGCUUAGUGGUUGAUGGAAGGACAUUGGCUUAUGCCCUAGACCAAGCCCUAGAAGAUAAAUUCCUUUCAUUAGCUAGAAGAUGUCGUUCUGUGCUGUGUUGCCGCUCUACUCCAAUUCAGAAGGGGAUGGUCGUGAAACUGGUCAGAAAUAAACUCAAUACAAUGACCAUGGCAAUAGGUGAUGGAGCUAAUGAUGUCAGUAUGAUCCAAGUCGCCGAUGUUGGUGUGGGGAUCUCAGGUCCAGAAGGCAUGCAGGCUGUGAUGGCAAGUGACUUUGCAAUCCCAAAGUUCCGUUAUUUGGAGAAACUCUUGCUUGUGCAUGGCCAUUGGUGUUACUCCCGGCUUGCCAACAUGGUGCUAUAUUUCUUCUACAAAAAUGCAAUGUUCGUGGCCCUUCUUUUCUGGUACCAGUUUUACUGUGGGUUUUCUGGUUCAUCAAUGAUUGAUCAGUGGUACCUGAUCUUCUUUAACUUAUUGUUCUCAUCCAUUCCCCAAUUAAUUGUUGGAGUGCUUGAUCAAGAUGUACCUGCUGAUAUAUUAAUUGCUGUGCCUCAGCUCUACACAAGUGGCCAGAAUAUGGAGGAAUACAAGCCACAUAUGUUUUGGAUGAACAUGAUCGAUGCUUUCUACCAAAGCCUGGUUUGCUUCUUCAUUCCUUACUUUACAUACUACGAUUCAGACGUGGAUAUAUUCUCAUGGGGAACCCCUAUCACCACAAUAGCUCUCUUCACCAUAAUCUUGCAUUUAGCUAUUGAAACCAAAACUUGGACGUGGCUCCACUUGUCAUCUUGUGUCUUUAGCAUUGCUUUAUUCUUCAUUGUGGCUCUCGUUUACAACGCAUCUUGCCCAGUAUGUUAUCAUCCAUCCAAUCCCUACUGGAUUAUGGAAAAGCUGAUGAAGGAGCCUAUGUUUUAUCUGUCUUGUCUCAUAACACCUGCAGUAGCUUUGCUUCCCAGAUUUCUAUACCGGACUCUUCAAGGGACACUUUUUCCAAGCCAGCUUCAGCUUGGGCGCCAGUUGUCAAGGAUGUCUCCAGACACGCGCAAUCUGCUUCUUAACCGAUGGAACCGCCAGAAGGAUGCUGACCUCCAUCAAUACCCGUGUGCCCUUUAUUCUCCAGAAAGCCCAAAUUCUACGGCUAGUGAUUCACCAGGGGCGCUGCGAAACAGCACCGCAGAGUUAUCUCGACACGGGCCCACUGAAGUAUUUCAGCCAGGAAAUGAACUCUUUCAGCCACCAAAGACUACAACAGGUUAUACUAAUCCUGACCCUCCUCUUGGUGCUCAGAUAUGUGAGGGGAAUGGGCAUUUCUCAGAGGCUCAUGCUCAAGAGGAAACACCUGUGGGUUUUCUCAAAGACUCUCUGGAGCCAGAGCCAACCUUAAUGGAUGAAACAUUCCAGUGGAAACCAAUGGGAGACCCAUCCAGCUCCAGCCUGUUGAACUGGAUCACAUCAACUCCACUGUUCAAUGGCACUGGAAGUGAUGUGCCCCGGUUAUCAUGCCGUUUACACAAUGUCAGGCAAGACAGUACAGUUCUGUGCAGCCGCAGUACUCAGGACCUCAGAAGCUCAGCAGAGCAGCAGAACACAAGCUCUUCUCAGCAGCAGAUGGAAAAUUCUGCAGGUAGCUGCUUAAGAACCGAAUCGCUUGACACAACUUUUUUAUGAUGCGGCCAUAAUAGCGCAUGUUUUCUAUUUGCACAAAGAAUAUAGAGUUGCUCUGUUUCCAAGAUGAGACAGGAAAUCAAGGUACAUAGUUUUAUUUUAAAAUAAAGUUUAAGCACAAUAUGUCAAAAAUAAGAGCUUUAAAUACAAAUAAAAAGUGCAUAUAUGUGUGUGUAUUUUUCAUCUCAUUUUACACAGAUGCAAUGGGCAGUAUCCAACAUACCUGCACAUUAGUGAGACUUAGCUGCUGGCACAUUGGGGAGUGAGUUAGCAUUUCUAAAAGCAACCUGAAACAAUAGUGCUCAUUUCCAGGACAGAGUAGAUCAGCAAAGCUUGUGGAAGGCAGUUCCACUGACCUGUCCAGUCUGCCAACAUGCAUUUCUGUUUCUUUCCAGGGAUGCUUUUGGAUCCGCUAGUUUUCUCCUGUGUGAGGACUAGAUCUCACUUGCACAAGAGGUCGAUCAGCAGCAUGGUUGGCAGAAUUGGGUACUGCUACUCAUGAUUUUUGUCUUCAUUUUGCUGCUGUUCUGUUAGAAGCGCCUUUACCAGGUUGCUGGAGUGAUGGGAGACCUGUUGGUUCAACCAUCAUCUGGGGGAAGGCAGCCGUUCCCCUGUGCUUAAUGAUAUGCCCUGAGUCCUCAUUAGGUUCUUUGGUGGGGAGAGCUGCCAGAGGAGGGGAAGUUGCAACACGUGCUUGGAAGCAGAUGGUUAGGCUGUCCUUCAGAAACAAAGCACGCUGUGAAAUUGAGUUCCAUUGUCAUAGAAAUGAUGCUGACGUUUUACACACGUUUUAUUUUUAUAUUUUAACCAUAGCAGUUUAUGUAUUGUGAAAAACACAAAUAAGUGAAGACCUAUAUUGCAAAUGUUAUCCUGUCUGGCAUCAGUGAAGGCACAGCUCAUGCCAUCAUUUGCAGUGAAAGAAGUUGCAGUGUGUUCGGCGAACAGGGAGACCAUUAAAGCAAGAGAGAGAUUCAUUGUGCCAUUAAGGGCCAAUCCGUACCUUACAGGUGCCGGGUGGUGGCUCUGAUAGAACAGGUGAAAUUUCUUGGAAGGGACAACAGUGUGCUUCCCACGCCAGCAUAGCCUAGUAUUGCAGGGAAUAACAGUGAUGCAAGAGCAACCCAACCAUAGUGCCCUCCUAAUCUUAUGGCAGCGACAUGGGAUGGGGCCACAAAAGAACUUAAUUUAUAUAUGUAUUAUUAUUGCAAUUGAAUGCCGCCUCAUAGCCAGAGGGAGCUCUGGGUGGCUCACACUGGUACAGAUAAAAUAGAUAACAAUAAUAACUAGAAUCAUCAAUCAUAAUACAAUAAAAAUGCUAUAUAAAUACAACAGGAGGAUAAGCGUGGUAUAAUCAACAAGACAAUAAACUAGCAGCAAGACCAAUAAAUCAUAUUCUAAAAACAAAUACUAAGCUAAAAAGUCUUAAUUUGGCACUGAAAGCAAGAUAAUGGUGCCGGUCCCACCUCCUUUGGAAGGGAAUUCCAAAAGUGAGGUGUGAUGACAGAGACAGGCCUUUUCUUUCACUAACUCCCCACUCACAUCAUUAAUAUGGGGGGUUAACAAAGAAGGGCCUCCAUUGAUGACCUGAGUGGUUUGGUAGAGAUACAUGGAAGAAGGUGUUCCUUUCGAGAUCCCUUAGAUAAUGGAGCAACACUACCCGUGGCCCAAAGGGCAGCUUCAGAAGGACUCUUGAACCUAUAAAUCUUAAUAAAGGAGGAGAGCCAAAAGCAUGCGUUCUCUGUAACCAUGGUAGGUCUGGUUCACACAUGCAUGUUCACGCUCAUUUAGCAGUGGCAUGCACAUGUGAAUGCACAGUCACAAGUUAAGCCAAACAGACCAGAUUGUCAUGUCACUCAAGAUCAACUGAAGUUCAUGUCAAGUUUAGUGGUUCUCCUUUGGGGCAUCUUGUCACUGGUUUGGAUAUCUUGUCACUGCUUUGGGUAUAUGAAUAAAUAAAAUUACUGACUUUCUUA